UUUAUUGCAUCAUCCAAAAAUAUCAGUCAUACUUUUACUUCAACUUUUUCUCACUUUUCGGAAGCCUUUUUCACUCAAAAAUUCAUUUUAAAAAAUUUUUAAAAAUGUUCAGAUUUAUGCAAAUAUUGCGAAGAGCGACACUUUACACUUAUCGCUUUUUAAUAAAUAUUCCACGUUUAUUUUAUUUUAAACCGUCAUAUCCUUCAUUGAAUUUAAUUGAAAAAUCUGGAAAUUGUGCAAUGCAAGCCAACUGGACUCCAUAUAAAGGCAACAAUGUCGAGCCUCGUCUGCAUUUAUUAAACAGUCUGACUCGAACAAAAGAACCUUUUGAACCUAUUUCUGGAAAACAAGUGAAAUUCUACAUUUGCGGACCUACAGUUUACGAUUCUGCACAUAUGGGACAUGCUAGAGCCUAUUUAUCCUUUGACAUUGUAAGGAGAGUGCUUGUAGAUUACUUCAAUUAUGACGUUCUUUAUGUGAUGAAUAUUACUGAUAUUGAUGAUAAAAUAAUUAAGAGGGCCAGACAAAAAUAUUUGUUCGACAACUAUUUAAAUGAAGUGUCUACAUCGAACGGAAUUGGAAAUCAACUAAAAGAAGCUUUAGACUAUUUUAGAAACAAAAUAUCCAAUGAACUCGAUGUUGAUAAAAAGAAUAUGUACACAAACAUGGCUGAUAAAUUCGCCACAGAUUUGGCUACUUUCGAAGCAAAAUCUUUGGGAAUCUCUAACGCGGGAAACAUUGAAGAAAGCCUUGGAUUAGUCAAGCAACUUUUGGAAUCGUCGAAAGAUGUAAUUUCCGACUGGUUGGAUUCAACAAGUGGGCAUACAGUUGACGACCAUGGAGUGUUUACUAGACUGGCUAGAAAGUUUGUUUUUAGAGUGUUUUUUGUUGAGGGGGUGAAUCAGGCCCGUAGCCAGGAUUUUUUUCGGGGGGGGGGGGGCAAGGGGUGAACGCCAAGGCUCCAAAAAUUUUUAUUUUCGGCGCCGCAGGCGAAAAAAAAUCACUUUUUUUGUCCCAGCCCUUUCCCAAAUUUUCUACCCCCCUACCCCCCUGGCUACGGGCCUUGGAUGAACGUCCGCAUAA